AUGGACAUUGACGAGUUACCCUCCGGCCAUGGUCACUCUGUCAAAGUCAUAACCCCAGGCGAGACGAUCACGGACGACCCACAAUGGAUGCGCGGCCACGGGACCUUCGCAGGCGCAGACAGCAUAACUAUUCGUAGCACCUUGGCCGGCACACUUCAAAAGACCAACAAAUUGCUCUCUAUCGUACCUCUCCGCGCCCGUUACACACCAGAGAUCGGUGACCUUGUCAUUGGUCGCAUUGUAGAAGUCCAGGGGCGACGGUGGAAGGUUGAUGUGGCUGCGCCACUACUUGCUAACUUGCUGCUAUCUUCCAUCAAUCUCCCGGGUGGCGUUCUUCGUAAACGGACCAGCGUUGAUGAGCUUAACAUCCGUGCUUUCUUCGGCGAAGGUGAGCUGCUGGUUGCAGAGGUGCAGAGUCUCUUUCAGGAUGGCAGCGCUUCUUUGCAUACUCGGUCUCUGCGAUACGGCAAGCUGCGCAACGGCUAUUUCAUGUCCGUAUCCGGUAUGGGUGGUGGUGCAGGCGUGGUAAGAGCUAAGCGGCAGAUCUUCACUCUGCAGACCACACGUAGCGGAGGCGAAGUCGACGUUAUUCUGGGCGUCAAUGGCUACAUCUGGAUCUCGAAGCAUGUGGCUGACGAGAAGAAAGAAGACGUCGGCAUCAACCGGCUUGAGGAAACGGCUAGCACGAGUAUGUAUAGCUCGCAGAACGACGUGGUUGAGGCCGAGACACGGCAGGAGAUUGCCACCAUCGCCAGCUGUAUCCGCGCACUGAUAGAGGGCGGCGUGAAAGUGGAAGAGGAGACGGUGAGGAGGGCUUACGAUGCGUGCCUGGAGCUGAACUCGCAGGACGACAGUACUGCCUACCUGGGCGGCGAGAGGGGCAAGACGAUCGUUCAGCUGGUGCUGGCUGGUGCUUGA